AGAUCAUCUAAGUCCAUUUAGGAUCUGUACAGUCCUGCCUCAGUGAUCCCCUCUUCACAAAACACUCAGAAAGAGCACCAUGUGUGACACAGAGGAGUUUGUGGAGGACUUUGAGGAAGAACAGGAAGAGGUGAACGAAGAGGAAGAGAAGGAGGUUGAAGAAGAGGCUGAGGAGGAAGAAGAGGCUGAAGAAGAUAAAACUGAUGAAAUAGAGGAUGAGAUAGAGGAAGAAGAGGAGAAAGAGGCAGAGGAGGACACCAAGCCAAAGCCCAAGAUGUUUGUUCCCAACAUUAUGGCCCCAAAGCUGCCCGAAGGAGAGAAGGUGGACUUUGAUGACAUCCACCGGAAGCGUGCAGAGAAGGACUUCACUGAAUUGCAGAAUCUAAUUCAGCUGCACUUCUCCACCAGGCAGAAGGAAGAGGAUGAUCUCGUGGCUUUGAAAAACCGUAUUGAGCGGCGUCGGGCUGAUCGUGCUGAGCAGCUGCGCAGCAGAGCAGAGCGUGAUCGAGAGAGGCAGGCACGUUUUGCAGAGGAACGAGCUCGGCGUGAAGAGGAGGCUGCCAAACUGCGAGCUGAGGAGGAUGCCAGGAAAAAGAAGAUCCUUUCUAACAAGGGCUAUGGUGGCUACCUGCAAAAGGUCGAUCAGAAGAAGGGCAAGAGGUUGACAGAGCGCGAGAAGAAGACCAAAUGUCUGAUGGAGCGCCGCAAACCGCUCAACAUCGAUCAUCUCAACCAGGAGAAGCUUGGUGAGAAAGCCCUUGAUCUUUGGAAGUGGCUCAGUCAACUGUAUGCGGAGAAGUUUGAGUUGGCAGAAAAGUUAAAGAGGCAGAAGUAUGACAUCAAUGUUCUGCGGAACCGCGUUAUUGACCAUCAAAGGGGAACUAAGACAACCAAGACCACCAGGAAGUCAUGGAAAUAAAUGGAUCAGAUUCACACAUACAAUGACACAAAACAGAGCCAAAAAGAUUUGCUGGAAUCAGUCUCGCAUUGAACUUCCUAGGACAUUGUUUCUGUUUUUAUUUCUUUUCAUCAAAAAUUGCUCCUAAUGUCACACUUAUUCAUUUAACAUUUUAUCUUACAUGUAAUGGGUUUUAUGGUGUUAUUUUUGUUUUGUUUUACAUGAUCUGAA